AUGUCUGACUUUACAACAGAGGCGUUCACGCUUCUCGGUGUGGCUAUUGCAGUCGUCUUUCUAAGAACAUAUGCACGGAUAAAGGCUGUGGGCUGGAAGCAUCUGCAGGCGGAUGAUUAUCUUAUGCUUGUUGUCGUCUGCACAUACUCUGCUGAGACUGCUCUGGCAUAUAGUGUCGGGGCGUACUGGCGAGGACUUGCCAAUAAUGGCAUGACGGACGAACAAAGGAGGAAUUUGGACCCCAACAGCGAGGAGUUUAGGCUCAGGUACGACAGCCAUACCAUCUAUAACGCAACCUAUCUGACUCAGUGCUCCAGGGUCAACGGAUCGAAGACACAGAUCGCAGGAUGGAUUACAUACAGCUGCUUAGUACUCUGGCCGGCGAAGGCUGCGAUGUGCACCUUCUACUUACGUCUCACGGAAGGACUUCAUAACUACCACAAGCGCAUAUACGCCGGCUUCAUUUUGAUUGUGGUGACUUGGUUGGCAGUAUUCCUGUCCAUUAUCUUCAGCUGCUACCCCAUACAUAAGAACUGGCAGAUAUACCCUGACCCUGGGAACCUAUGCCAACCUGCCAUCUCCAAAAUAAACAUCCUUGUUACGGUUGUUCUCAACGUUCUGACAGACCUUUACCUCCUGAGCAUACCGAUUCCAAUGUUAUGGGCCUCGAAGCUCCCUAUGAGAAAGAAACUUGGUCUUAUAGUUCUUUUCUCUGGAGGAAUCUUCGUGACGAUGGCCGGCAUUUUACGCUGCGUUCUCAUCAUCUCGGAUCCGGUAAACGGCGCUCAGCAGGCAGGCUCCUGGGCUGUCCGUGAAACCUUCGUCGCAAUUGUCACGACCAAUCUCCCGAUGAUAUUCCCAUUACUUCGCAAGUGGUUCAGCCCUGUGUUCGGCACUAUCACCAGCACUUUCUCCCGUACUGCCACGCGAAACAAGUAUGGAAACACAAAGCGCUCCGACCUACCGCAGCCUGGAAGCAUCAAGCUUGACGACGUCACGGACAGCAAGAAUCGCAAGAAGGGACGCCCACCAUUUAGCCAGUACCCCAUUACAGAGAUUACUAUGAUGGGGAGCGAAGAGUACCUUAAUAAGCCUCAACCACCGCUGCCGGCACCGGCUAAUGGGGGAAUCAGCAAGAAUGUGGAGAUACGUAUCGAAGAAUGGAAACGAGACAGCAAGAGGGAAUUAGGCAACAGUUCGGAAAGUUCUCUCGAGAGGGGUGAAGCCUUUUUCACAGUUGACGUCAACAGGCCCGAAGAUGAUAACGCGGCUAAAAGAAGUAAAAGCUUCAAGGGAACACAUAAUGGAGGAGAUGAUAAGAAGGAUAGGAGUUUUUUUUAA